AUGGAUAUCGACACAAAAAUCAAGGCGUAUCGCAUCGUCGGAUACGCGGCUGUUUCUUUUUCGGCUGUUGCGAUUCUAUCAAUAUGCAUCACACUUCCGAUGGUCUACAAUUAUGUAGACCAUGUUCGUGGAAAAAUGAGACUCGAUAUGAAUGAGUGCAAGGAGUCAAUGCGGAAUGUCUGGUCGGACGUGAAUCACAUUUCGGAGGUGCCUAUCGCAAAUCGUACCGCCCGUCAAACCGACUCAUACUAUCCCACUGGUGGAGAUAGUUGCCAAGGCUGUUGUCUACCCGGGCCCGCCGGUCCGCAAGGUGCAUCCGGACGUCCCGGACGUCCUGGUAAGCCAGGAGCAGCAGGAAUGCCAGGAAAUCCUGGACGCCCACCACCAAAACCAUGCGGAGACAUCACUCGACCACCGUGCAAACCUUGCCCUCCUGGACGACCAGGAAACCCAGGAGCACCUGGUCUGCCUGGAGAUGCAGGACGACCAGGAGGACCUGGCCCCAAGGGAGGAGACGGAACCCCUGGAGGCCCUGGACCGAAAGGUCCCCGCGGACCACCUGGACAGAACGGAAAACCAGGGCCUGUUGGAGAGCCAGGACGCCCUGCCAUUGUUGCUCCACCCAGCAUCCCCAGCCCUGGACCCAAAGGACCUCCUGGAAAACCUGGACCACAGGGCUCAGCCGGGCAACCCGGAGGAGAUGGACGACCAGGAUCACCUGGACAGAAAGGUCAACCAGGACAGAAUGGAAUGCCUGGUCAAGAUGGUAACCCCGGAUCUCCCGGAAAACCGGGAAUGGAUGGACAUCCUGGCGAGCGCGGUAUCUGCCCCAAGUACUGCGCUGUCGACGGCGGAGUAUUCUUUGAGGAUGGCACUCGUCGUUAA